AUGAAGAUAAUGUGGUUCGAAGACUGGCGAUUAUUUUAUACGGACUGCGACCCAAACAUGGGUACUGGAUAUUGCACGAUGCAGAGCUGCUUCGACUUCUCGCGCUGCCCGACCGACAGGACCAAGUUCAGCUUCUCCAUCGACCCACUUCGCUCUCAAUCUCUCAAAGAAAUAGAGGACUCGGACCAGUACGCGGCGCUCAAGCAGGCGAUGGUUCGGCACCCGUGGUACACGCCAGACCCGUCGCAAGCCUGUGUGCUGUUCCCCGAGGUGGACACGCUCUGCGUCAUCAGCGCCUGUGGAGGGGAUAAGUUCGAGUUCAAAGGAGAAAUGGGUCCGUGGACUGUGGCUGAUCAGCUGGCCAAGCUCACCCACUGGAACGGUGGCCGCAACCACCUGGUCCUCGAGAUCCACGACAGCGAACGGAUGCGAUACGACAUUGGAAAGGCGAUGGGAGUGAAGAGCGGGUUCGCGGCGGAGCGGUACCGGCUGGGGUUCGACAUCUCGUUCCCGCUCUACGCACAGGCGCCGGUCAACGAGACCGCCAUCGAGCUCUCCAACCGCAGGGGCGGCUUCGCCCGCCGGCCGUCCAAGUACCUGCUCACCUUCAAGGGCGGCAACAAUCGCCGACACCGGCUUCGGCCGAAGGUGAGGGCCGGGCUGGAUGAUUCGUCGCGCGGCGACUCAGGCGACUAUCAUGACCUCAUGCUCAACACCAAGUUCGCCCUCAUCGUUCAGGGCAACGGCCUGCACUCGUAUCGCUUGACGGAGGCCAUGCGGGCCAACGCCGUACCGGUCAUCCUGGCCGACAACUACGUCCUUCCCUUCUCCGAGGCCGUCCGCUGGGACGAGAUCGCCAUCUUUGUGCCGGAGAGCCAGUGGGCGAGCAUACCCGACGUGAUCGGCCGGAUCGACGACGAGGCGCUGGCCCGCAUGCGCGAGAAGCUGGCCACGGUCUACGAGGCCCACUUUGCAUCGAUGGCGCGGAUGGUGGACACCGUGCUCCACAUCACCCGCGACCGCAUCUACGCCCACGGCUUCACCGGACGCUGA